AUGAGUAAAAUUAGGGGCCUCCCUCCUAAGGUCAGGGAACCAGGCCCUGGAGUAGCACUUGGGGUGGAAAAUGGCCUUCUUUGUCGACUGAUUCAUUCUCCAGAAUUCAACUUAUUCUCCAACUCAGUAGUGUUUGAAAGCAACUUUAUCCAGGUCCAUGUUCCUGGGGCUGAUUUCCAGGUCAAUAAACCCACAGACUGGAUGGAUGUCUGGGAAGGWUCUACCCCCAUCAUUCUUGGGGUGACGUCCUCAGUGCCCUCCUUGCCACUCCCCAACGUCCUCCUGAUGGCCAAUGUCACCUGGCCCCAGAAUCAGUUUUCUACCUGGAACACACCUCGUGUCCCAGUCAUCACACUGAGCAGGAUUCUCCCCCUGAAGUAUGUGGAGCUACAAAUCUAUGACCGGACCCAACGUAUUCUGCGACUUAGAACAGUGACAGAAAAAAUCUACUACCUGAGGCUCCAUGAUAAACAUCCAGAGGCUGUGUUUCAAUUUUGGAUCCGCUUGGUGAGAAUUCUACAGAAAGGUCUAUCCAUCACCACCAAAGACCCAAGAAUCCAAUUCACUCACUGCCUGGUACCCAAGAUGCCUAGCCCCUCCACUGAAACAACACCUGAAUGCAGCCUCUCAUCAUCCUCCCAGACCAGUGAGACCCUCAGGCUGCUGGCAGCUGAGCAGAAGAGUGGCAGUUGCUUGGGACUCUCUACAAGGACCCAGCUCACAUCAAACAGAAACACCCAAACUGCCAUUGAAAUAGGCAGUUGCCACAGCUAUAAGAAACCCUCACUGGUGACAUCUCCAUUCAACUUGAAUAUACCCAUGAGAGCCACCUUGAACCACAGCCUCUGGGAACAAGAAGAUCCAGACGAGCAUUUCCUACAGGUUCCUGUAGCCAGUUCCCUAGGAGAGAACUUUCUGGGCCCCUGACACCUAGCUAAAAUGGGGUGAUCAUCCUUGA